AUGUCCAUCAUCAACAUUGUUCAUCACGACGAAAAUAUCUACAGUGUCGCUGCCAAGGAAUGUGCUGCAGUGCAAAAACUCCCGCGCCAUCACUCAAAAUUCGAGAAAAUGGUGCGAAACGAACGUCAAGCCGCCCUUUCGCAUCACAAAACGAUGGGAUUUGCCGAAGUUCCGCUCCAUUGUCCACGUCACUUCUUGAGAAAAGACUGUGGGGUGCGUUGUCAAGUCCCCCAAUCGCCCAAACAAUGCUUACUUGAGGCCCGCAAACCACCCGUGCCUAAAAAAUCCGAGCUUGUGUGGCUGUAAUUCGCCCUGCAAAGACACGCAUGCAAGAAUUUCCGCAAAGAAAACAUCAAAAAAGUCGUUUCUGCUGCCCCGAAGCGCCCGAAACCCAAAUUUUGUGACACGCGCAAGGGAGACUUUCAUGAUUUGGAGAAAUCGGGCCUUGCACCGGUUUAUGUGUACUCGAAAAAGUACGGAAAGUGCCCGAGUUACAUCAUCAAGAAGCGUCGGGAGGAGAUUCAGCGCGAAAUGCAUGCGAGAAAUGAGGAAUUGGAGAAGCAACCAAAGUGUCGGUACAUUUCGCCCGAAGAAAGAGCAAAAUUACUUGGAGGUCUCAAGGAGAACUGGGAAGAGCUCCAAAAGAGUUACCAAGCCUUACCUUUGAUGAUCGACACGAUCCCGAAAAUGCAGCGCAAGACAAAGCUCGAGAACAAAUUGAAAGCGCUCGAGCGUGACAUCCUCAAUAUCGAGAACAAUCCCUACAUUUACAUUUAUGACGAGUAA